UUUCAGCCAUUGAUCUUUCCAUUUCUGAUUGCAGCACCGACGAAAGCGAAAAAUCAAGUUCUUUCGGAUGAAGAUAGCACACUUCUCGACGAUAAUGAUGGCGAUGUUUCGACGGAGGAGCCGUUUCUCAAAAAGUGCAUCGUAGAUGGAAAUGCUUAUUCUCACAGCCAAACGAUAUCAUCUUACGACUCGAAUUCGCAUUGCAUGUGCGUUGCCGGCGAAGUUUACUGCUGGUGGCAGGAUUAUAAUUCGAGUACCGCUUCAUCGCUUGAUAUGUCUUCCCUACAAUCGACUACGAUGAAGAGCAAUUAUACUUCAUCCCUAGAAAUGAGUAUAAAUAUUGCGAACGGCUUCGAAGCUUCCAGAGAUUCUAAAUUGUCGGUCGGCCAACAAGAACACGUAGAAAUUAACACCACUUUGUCGACUACAAUGCCUCCUGUGGCAAUUUGCCUCGUGAUGGGAAGAGAGUAUCGACAGGGUGAGACUUUACCGCACUCGACUGGAAACUGCGUCGAAUGCAGCUGCGGCUCUGAAGGACGCGUCGAAUGUUCGCCGAAGGAUUGCGUAGCGCUACGGCCGGAAAUAUUAGUGGCACCUGAUAUACCUGAAGCACUCGAUAGCGAUUUUGAGGUUUUCAAUCUGGCGCGGGAUCGAGGUAUCGACGAGAGUUUUUAAAACAUCUCAUAACGAGUUGUCUGCCAAACCACGCAAAUUUGCUUGCCUUUGAAUACUGCGAUAUCGUAAACGUUGCAGAAAGGCCAAACAAUAAGAAGUCAUUUAAUUGAAUACGAUUUUAAAAAAGAAUAGAUAAUACUGAUUCCUGAUAAGAAAGAUCUUCUCAGUGAACCGAAUGAUAAUAAUAUUGAAUUAUAAUUCAUUGAUUAUCGAAUAAGUGAAACCCAUUCCUAUAUUUUAUUUCUAUACUCGUAAAA